AUGGCCGCACCGCGUGGGAAAGGCAGCAGGUCUUCUAAUUCUCGAGGCACUAGAGGGGCUCGUGGAAAAAGGCAGCGCGGCGGCCGUCCGGCUUUCGAAACUUCCAGGGUAGAAAAAAACAAUGAUGAUGGCUCAUCUGGGAGUGACGCAGAGGCAGAGAGCCCGCCAAUUGAUGAGCUGUCGUCAGACAGCGAUGACGACUACGACGCCGACGGUGAAGAGAAAAAAAUGGACAAGCCGUACAACACAUUAUUACAGUUGUUCAACACUAGCCAGGAUACAAAUGGCCCUGCUCGAAAGAGACGGAAAGUUGACCACAAUUCUAAGAAAACUGAGAUUCAGGUUGAAGAGCAGGAUGAGCUUCAUGAUGAAGCUGACUUGUCCGAGCCGGAGAUCACAGAUGAUGAUGAGAUCGAGGAUCUGGCGGAUGUAGCUGCGGAGGAGGUUGAAGCCGGAGAUUCUGGAGACGAGAACGACAAUAGUUCAUCGCUCUCACUAAAUAUAAAAGCCAUCUCUUCAAAGGGCUGGCUGUCACAUAAAAGCGAACUUCCAGGCAGAUUCAGACUUAUGUUCAGCCAUCCAGAUACUGGUGGGGAUACAGUGCAACUUCCAGCUCCUAUCCAUGGGCUCCAGAGUUUGAAGCUGAAGCAAAAACUUGCUCUCCAUGCAGGAGACCACAUCACUAAAUUUGACAGCCUUGCAUCGGGCCUUGCCCCUAGCAUUUUCGGCUACCAUGACCUCCUUUUCGGGGCCCGUACGUUAUCCAACUCAGCAAGGUUCCGAGAUCUCUACUGUCUUCAUGUCCUAAACCAUAUACUCAAAACUCGAGACAGGGUAUUGAAAAACAACUCCCGUUCACAAAAGGUGCCUGACCAGGAUCUGGAGCUACGAGACCAAGGCUUUACUCGCCCCAAGGUGUUGAUCAUCUUGCCCACUCGACAGGCGUGUGUUCGAGUUAUGGAAUCUAUAACGAAAUUAUAUCACGCAGAGCAGCAAGAAAAUAAAACCAAGUUCUACGAUACCUUCUCUGCUGCUGACGAUAAAUCGUGGGAAAACAAACCCGACGACUUUCGAGAGUUGUUUGGUGGGAACGACGAUGAUAUGUUCAGGCUAGGGCUGAAGUUUACGCGGAAAACCAUCAAAUAUUUCUCGCACUUCUAUAAUUCUGACAUGAUCCUGGCGAGCCCGCUUGGUCUCAGGAUGGUUAUGGAUAAAGAAGAUAGUAAAAAGCAAGACUUCGAUUUCCUUUCGUCAAUCGAAGUGGCAAUUAUCGAUCAAGCAGAUGCCCUUCUAAUGCAGAACUGGGAACAUGUUGAAUACGUUUUCUCACACUUGAACCUUCAACCGAAGGAAUCUCAUGGCUGUGAUUUCAGCCGCGUUCGCAACUGGUACCUGGAUGGCCAGGCCAAAUACGUCCGCCAAACACUUGUCUUCUCAUCCUUCAUUACCCCUGAGAUAAAUGCCCUGUUCUCAUCCCAGAUGCAGAACACGGCUGGCAAACUCAAAAUUACUCCCACAUACGCAGGUGCUAUCCUGGACCUACCGCUGCCUGUCCCAGUCAAGCAGACUUUCUCUCGCUUUGAUUCCACCUCGCCCGUAAAUGAUCCCGAAAACCGCUUCAAGUACUUUACAAAUGCUGUACUGUCGCCUCUCGUCCGUAGCUCGACGGGCGGCAGAGGGAACCCCAGUGCAUCGGGAACUUUAAUCUUCAUCCCAUCUUACCUAGACUUUGUCCGUGUCCGCAACUACCUUGCAACCUCGUCGCAGACGGAAAACCUCUCUUUCGGCGCCAUAUCGGAAUACACCUCUGUACGUGAUGUGGCUCGCGCACGCACACAUUUCUUCAGCGGCCGCCACUCGGCCCUGCUCUACACGGAACGAACCCACCAUUUCCGCCGUUACCAAAUCCGGGGAGUGAAGAGGGUGAUUAUGUAUGGUGUUCCGGAGAACCCUGUUUUCUGGGCGGAGAUUGUAGGUUUCCUGGGCUUGGAUCCAGCAGGGGCAGCGGAGGCAGCGGAGGGUGGAGUUCGAGCGCUAUUCUCAAAGUGGGAUGCUUUGAAAAUGGAGAGGAUCGUUGGAACAAAGAGCCGUAUGCCACGACGCAAUACAUUUUGGUCUCAUCAACCGCCAUCAUUUUUACUACUCGAGUAA